UCAGUCUUAAGGUGCCAACACUGAAAUCAGCAUGCGGUCUUGCCGUAUAUGUUGCUUAGUUCCUCUGCUCUCAUCAGCUUCCUGGCAGCAAUCUCAUCAGCAUUCCUGGCAGCAAUCUCAUAAGCUUCCUGGCAGCAAUCUCAUCAGCUUCACUCAGCUGCAACUCUGGUUAGUGAAGGACGCAUUCACACCUGGAUGUCUUCGGAUUCUCAGCUCACACGGCCCCUUCUUUCAGUAUUGUCCAAAACAUGGCUGCAGUCUCCUCUUCCUGUUCACUAAACUACAACUUUGAGUGCAAAACCCCACCUCUUCAUGA